AUGCAGCGCCCCCCGCGGUCCCCGGGUGACGACAACGACGCGGAGCCGCCGGCCAGAAGCAGACCCACUUCCCGGAGGAACAGUGACUCUGCGACAUCGAUGUCCAGAAAGAACAGUGCGAAGAAAGACUCGGCCCGCAGUAAGGCGUCCACCAAAUCUCCAGCUCAAAGCCUUGUGUCUACACCUAAGAGAUGCGUACCCAAGAUGGACAAGCCAGAGUUUAUGGUCACAGGCAAGCAGCUCCUGAAGAAGUACGACCGAGCCAACUCUCUCCCCGGCGGCAGGCGCCAGUCAGCGGGCUCGCUCGGCGCCAGGGUGCAGGAGUCUCCACGGAGCAGGGUGCAGGAGUCUCCUCGGAGGACCAUCACGCCGCACUCCAGCAAGAGCCGGGAUACUUCGCUGGAGGAUGAUAUGUCGCUGGAUUUCUCGCAGGUAUCAGACUUCGAGGACACAAACUCGAAGUACGGCGUGAAGAAGCAGUUCCCGGGCAUCGCGACCAGCACCCCGAAGUCCACUCCGAAACCCUCGCAGAAGCCUCGGAGCGGCUCUCUGCAAAGUCAGCGGUAUUCGCCGAAGGUCCUCGAAGCCCAGAAGAAGAGCCAGCAGUCGUUCGACAGUGCCAAGCACACGUUCAGCCACAGCGUCAGCAACAGCACCAUGUCGUUCAGCCGCGACAGCAAGACCUCGUCUGCGAGCAACUAUAGGUACGCUCGCAGCACGGAGCUGGACUACUCGUCGGUGUCGCCGGAGUACUCGUCGGCCGAGCUGUCGCCGCGCGACGUCGCCGUCGUGUCGCCCUUCAGCCGCGAAUCUUACAUGUCAUGGGUGGACUCCGACAUGGAGAAAACGAAAAUAGAGGACCACAAAGCACGCCACACCGAGAACGGGGAGUGGAACAGCUUCUGGGCGAACUACAACAACUCCGUGUCGCGAGUGCCGAUGAAGAACUACUACGACCAGUGUCCGACGCCUUAUCGCACUGAGAACAUUGAUUUGGCUGAUUUGGAUUUCUCCGCAGAAGGUUCUAGAAAGAGAUCACCAGAGGACUUGAGAAAUAUAAACAACAUCAUCAGGAACGAAGGAUUACACCUCACGCCGCGUGAGACGCAAAACAUCAUAAAAUGCGCCCACAUUCUAGGAAACGUACUAACUAAAGCUAUUGACAGAAGCGCUAAGAAAGUCGAACUAGGUGAGGAAAAAAUUACUGAGUUCAAAUCUCAAAAUGAAAUCAAAAUUGAUCCUGAAGUGGAAAUUAAAAAGAAAGCACUCACUUUAGAACUCAAAGAGCAAAACAAACCACUCAUCGUUGAGGAAGAAAAGAAAUGUGAGACCGUCACGACUCAAACUGACAUUUCUUUGCCAAACACAAAAAGUGCACCGAAAAUCUUUGAGAAAAUCUUACGGCAGCUGUCCAGAAGCUCCAUCGAUGAAGGUAUUCUAGCGAAGAAGAGAGAGGAGGAAGAUAAUAAAACUGUGCAAGAUGUUAAAGACAACGCAGAUUGUAAUGAAACUAAAACUUCAGUUAUUCUAAAUAUUACAUAA